UUUUAAGGGUAAUCAUAAUUAAAUGGAAAAGUAUUGUAAAACCAGAGAAGUCUGAGUAUUCCGCGGUGAUGAAAAGUAUGGAUCUUGUGUAAAUUCCGUAUAUGCAAGCUUUGAUUUCGCUUUCGGGACUUGUAAGGUCAGUUUCGAUUAUGGGUUGAAAAAUAGACACGUUGAGUCAUUUGACGAGCUGGUUGAGAUCGUAAAACGGUUCGACGGUUCGGCAGUUCUCCUACUGGCAAUAUACCGCCCUCAUUACAUUUCUCAUGUGUUAUGGGAUCUGUAACCUUCGGUGGACACAUUCAUAUCGCCGAAAGUAUUCAGCGAUCCACCGAAUAUACUUUUGAUCGCCUUUCACAUGCCCCUCUUUGACUCUCCAUCACUGUAACUUUCGGCAGACAAAUUCACGAUGGCCAAGUAUUCGGCGUCUCCCCGAAUAGAGAAUUCCAUCGCCAACUCGGCAAAUUCUUAAACAAACUUUUUAGCGAGUUUGACCUAGCUCGCCAAAGAGAUACAACAUGCACCAACUUAAACACGCAACCCCUAAAGAAGGAAACACAGGGUAUUCAUAUCAAUGAAAGAGGAUCAAACCCUCCAAUGAGAAGAGGGGAUGAACUCCCACUUGACAACAACAAGAGGAAGAAACAUAUGGCAAAGAAAGGAAUAGUUGUUGAGGCUUAAAUUGAGUGGACCGAUCCUAAAGAUGAUCAACCAUUGAUUCAACGACUGAUUAGGCUCCGAAAUAUGUCUCAACCCUCAUCCAACAGGGGUUUAUCAGAUGCAGUCACUUCCAUCAGGAAUACAUCAGCUGCAACUCCUACUAAACCAGCUCCAAAGCUAGCUCAAACACCUCCAGUGGCCCUUGCACCUCUUAUCAUGUCUCUAAAUGGGCUGCUGAAUAGGUUGAAGGGUGAUGAAGCACGAACCAUUAUAAAUGAGAAGUUUUUAUUCGUGUAGGGCUUAGAGGGAAAGAAUCUUGAUGUUUUCGAGCAGUUUACGAGGCCUCGAGGCCCAUACAUUCCUUCUUGGGUGAGGUAAUUUUAUGUAGCAUAUGGAGAGUCGGUUUUGAAGAACAAGAAGAAGGCAAACGAGUUUAGACUGGUGAGAUCGGUCAUGGUUAGAGGUCGGGAAGUAGAGUGCCACAGCGAGCAUAUCAACGAUGUAUUGGGAAGGUUGUUGCACUCCGUACUCCCUUAUGAAGGAUUGCCUAUUGCUGCAUCUUUAGACGACCUGAAGGAGUGGUUGGCUCCUAUGAUUUCUGAGGACACCGAUAAAUGGAUCGGGGUUGGAGCUUCUAUUGAGAAGAUGGAUCUAAACAUUGCUGUUAGGUUCUGGUUUGGCUUCAUUAGAAGCACCGUCAUGCCAUCCCAGAAUGAGUAUGUUCUGUGCCUUCCUAAGAAAGCUUGCCUUAGUUUUAUCGUGUCUAGGAGGAGCAUUAAUCUUGGAUUGUUGAUGUCACAAGAGAUGGCCAUAAGGGCCAAACAGAAGCAAACUUCUCUGCCAUUUCCUAUACUGAUCACGGAGUUGUGCCGGUGUGCUGGAGCGUCUCUAGGCACUGCGAUAGACAUUGAGGUCAUCCCUUCAUCCUCCACUGACAUUUGGCGCAUUGAGGUCGAGUACACAGGCGAAGAGGCUGACAGGAGGAAAGUGGCUCCUAAAGAUACUACUCUAGAGGUUAAUGUUGACUUACUACUUGCAGAUGCAUAUGCACCCACGCCGACCUCAAGGUCACCACGUACAUCAACUCAUUUAUCUUGUUCAUAAGAUCCAGGUGCUUCCUCUUCUGGUCAUCCGAUCAGAAUUACUCAGGCCAUGAUCUUGAAAAUGGGGUGUUUGACCCAAUCAACUGAGGCGGGGACAACCAAACUGGAGAGAUUAGUUCCAUGGAUGAUCGAGAGCGUCAUAGCUGUUGCACUCACCCCACUCUAGGCCUAUGUCGAGGCUUUGACUUUGAGAGUUACAGCUUGUGAGAGUAGACAGGAGAUACCAUUCGAUAUACCUACUAUGAAAUUUGACAUUGCAUAUCUGCGGAAGGACGUCGAUUAUCUAAAGUCUGUCGACUUCAAUGAUCUAAUGAGGCUCACUGAUGAUGGAGGUUCCCUAGUGACGUCGGAGAUUCCUCUAGCCACCACUGGAGUUGUACAUAUAAGAUAUACAACAGAUAUGGCUUCCGAUGAAUAUACUGACCAGUAGUUGGUAGCAAUGCAUGAGGAGAAGAUGAGAGAUAUCCAUGAGGAGAGUAUCGAUAAAGACUUGCCAGAUCUGGUAGCAAGACUUGUGUAGUCGAAGAUCCAUACAUCGCCACUGAGACGUUGUCGUCAGAUCCUAAUGUUUAUGGAAAAACUAUGAUUUAUCAGGCUCUUCCUAACACUGAUGCCCAUGCACAGACUGCUGACCAGAGUGUUGAUGCCCCGAUAGGAGGAGAGGCUGCAUAGACAAGAUCUUUCUUAACCUUUCUCUAUCUUACUUUGAUUUUACUUUGUGAUAUUGAUACUUGUAUUUGAGGACAAACACAUUUUAAUUGUGGUGGGGUGAGGCCCACAACUUUUGUGUUUAUACUACUUGUUUUUGUGUAUAUAGUUGGGUUGUUAUUUUAAAUUGUGUUUUAUGUCGCUAGUGCGAUUGAUUAA